CACUUCUGGGCGCUAACAUCGGUGGUCGAGAUGGUGGAUUAUGUGCGCGGCAAAAAACUGGAGUUUAAAGACAAGAACGACCGAGAAGUUGCAGGAGCUCAUGAUGAAAAGGUCAUCGAAGCCUUUCAGAAGUUUGAUGCUGACGGAUCUGGAAACAUUUCCAAAGAGGAGUUGGCUGAGGUCUUGAAGGCGCUGAACCCGGAUGACUGGGACAAUGCGUCAGUUGAUGAAGUGAUGGCGCAGGCGGACAAAAACGGCGAUGGGGAGCUGUCCGUCAAGGAGUUCCUGAAUUGGGCGUUCGCCGAGAGUGACAUUAUCACCAGCAGCAAGGGUAACGUGACACUUCGUGUGGAAGGUUGUCCAAGAGAGAAGUUUAAUGGUGAUUAUGUGCAGGAUGGAAAGUACUACAACCAUCGGCCCACUUUCUACUGUCGAGAGAACGACUAUUGCAUGUUCUACCUUGACAAUCUAAAAGCUUGGUGCAUCUUCUGGCGAGUUUCUCCAAAAUAUUCGAGUUGUCGUUUGAGGACCUCACGAGGGCCUCAUAUGGCCUCUGAGGGUGAAGCCUGGAACGUCUGGAGUAAGGAGAAGAAAGCUUUCGUGAAGCGGCCGGCGAUGGUUUGCAGAUUGUUGACGGCUGAAGAACUCGUGGCUUUGGCACCCGACACCGUCAUGAUGAAUGCCGAACAAAUAGGCCAUUGUUGGUUUGAGGCGCCUGGGGCUGUUGGCUCCAAAAGGAGCACUGCCGCUGGCAUGGCGAAUGAGUGCUUCAAGAAGACAGAGGAGAUGAAGAACAACCGUCCUGUCUACCAAGCUUGGAGCGCCCAGUACAACAGGUUCAAAAACCGAUACUUGUACUUUCACGGCGAGAAGAAGUAUUGGACGCUGGGAAUCGGAAGUACCGACGAGACGCAAAGGGAGUGGUACUUGCGCAGCGCGCCCACGGAUUGCUAUUCGCCUUUGGUGGCCCCAUGGCUGGACUCCGACACCAUGAGGUAUCGCCCCACGGUGCCACAUGAGCUGGAUGCCAACGGCUACCCGCCCACUGUGGGCGGCAGGAAGACCAAAUUCCGGAAGGUGAAAGAUGUUCCAGAGGGUUGGAAAGAUCCGGACUUUCCACCCAAUGAUGAGAGUAUGGGGCCCAAGCUCACGUGCUACUGUCCGCCGAAUGGAUACAAAGCCUAUUGGGAGCGCCUGGCUGCUUACACUUCAACUCCGGUCCUUUUUGACGACGCUGAACCUGGAGAUGUUCUUCAAGGAAUGUUAGGCGAUUGCUGGUUGCUGGCUGCAAUUGCUGCAGUGGCGGAAUUUCCCAAUUUCUUCAAAGACCAUCUCUUUGUGACCCAGGAGAUUCCAGAGGAUGGAAAGUACGAGAUCAAGCUCUUUGAUUGCAAGUUGCAGGAGUGGAAGGUGUGGGCGAUUGACGACUACAUUCCAACCUUGCCAUGGAGUUCUUGGGGAGUCCAUGCCUUGAGCGCAGAUGUUGCAGACGACAAAAUUUUGGUGCCGCUGGUGGAAAAGGCCAUGGCCAAAAUGUGCGGAUCCUACACAAAGUUGAAAUCCGGCAUGGUAACGACUGCGUGGGCGCAUCUCACAGGCUGCUGUGACAUGGUGAAGAUUUGGGGCGAAUUCGCAAAUCCGCUGGAAUGGGUUGUCACAUCGGAGGAAGGUCUUUGGGUCCGUGAGGAGAACCAGCGCGUGAGCAAACGAAUCGGGAAGCUGGAGAAAGGUGCUCGCUUUCAAGAAGUGGAGCGGGCCAGAUCUUGCAUCAGGUUCAAGAAGCUCGAGGGCAGUGGCCCUGAGGAGGGCUUCGUUUGGUACUACAAAGGUGGAAAGAAGACUGCAGAGAGAGUCACGCCAAUGACAAUCAAAAAAUAUGAGAAAAAGAUCGUGGACAACCCGCGUUUUGUUGACGAUGACCCUGACACUGCGAUCUAUGAGACACUGGACACGAAAGACAUUGAUGGCGAGGAGUUUUGGCAAUUGCUCCUGGAAUACGACCAGUCCAAUUUCCUCAUGGGUUCGCAGAUGAACAAAGUUUGUGAUGACCGCCUUUCUGGCAUCAUGCCGGAGCACGCGUACUCAGUGCUCCAAGCCAAAGAGGUUGAGGGCUUGCGCUUCGUGCAGCUGCGGAACCCCUGGGGCCACGAUGAAUGGGGCGGCCCAUGGAGCGACCGCUCGGACGAGUGGGCGGCCAAUCCAACGAUCCAGGAAGGCCUGAAGGCGCACGAGUUGACCUUUGACGGCAAGUUCUGGAUGGAAUACGAAGACUUUCAGUAUGUGUUUGGCAAUUUGGAUGUCACCAAGAAAGCGAUGCCGACGAAGCGCGCAGAUUUCCCAGCGCAGCCCCAGGACGAGCGGGCGGAGGAUUGCGACGCGGACAUGAUGUGAUUCACCGAAGGUGGCACGAUUGCAGCGCGUCGGGGGCUUCCAGUUUCUCUACACUUAUCCAGGAAUGGCAUGUAUGUGCUGUUUCCCACCAGCUGUAUUCCAUGUUGGACAAUGUAUUCGAUGACCAUUGUCUUCAGCGGCUCCGGGAUGGUUUGUACUGCAGGAUAUGUACGAUGUUCAACGCCAUCAAGAAACCUGCGUGGAUCCUGUCGAGGGAAUCCUUUGUGUUCAGGACCCUCUCAACAGGAAUGUUCCUGCACAGGUUCGUGAUGUGACCUGUCAGCUUGUAGAAAAUCCCGGAUGCCUGCUCUGUAGGUGUCAAAACCCAUGUACACUCCUGUGUAGCUGCAAAACCUGCCCAAUGUAUCCACGAUU